AUGGACGCGAACAAGGCGGCCGAGGUGCUGCGCAAAAUCGAAGACCUCAGCGAGAACCACGAAAUCUCCAUCAUCAGACUCAGCGAGCCCAUCUCGAGCGCCGUCGCGCAGGAGUCGCGGCAACAACGGACGUCGGACGCCUCCAAUGCCUCUCAAGAUGCUACGACGCCGGCCAGUCUAGACGCCGACCUCGAGCACUACAAGGAGCUCUUUGCGAAGCUACGGUUCUCCUACGUCGAGCAAGUCACCAAGGAAAAGUUCAUCCGCGCCAUCGUCGGCGAUCCCCCCGUCAUCGUCUCGCCCCAGGAGAAUCUCGAGCUGGAAAAGGCAAACUUGGAGGCAAAGGCGCAGCUCAAGGCGCUCAAGGUCGAGGUCGCAGAGAUGGUGACGGAGCUGGAGAGGAAGGGCAAAGAACUGGCGAAGCGUUAUGAGAGCGUGCAAAUGGACACGGCCAAGUUGAAGGAGCUCCCGGACAAGAUUGCCGAGUUGGAGGAGCGCGUGGCUGAGCUCAAGGAGGCGCAAGAGCCUGGGCAGAAGCCGUACAUGAACCUGCCCCUCGCCAAAACACUCGACUUGGUGGACGAGAAGAAGAGGCAGCAGCAGCAACUGGACCGCGAGCUGGAGCAGCUCCAGGCCAGGGUGCCGCGGAAGAGAAAGGAGCUGGAAAGGUUGCAGGCCGAGCUGCAGCCAUUGGAGGCUAAAAGGCAGAAUAGCAAAAUCGCUGCAAAGGAAGCGCAACGGCGAAAGGAGGGGGCUGGUGGCGAUGCGGACGACCUCGAGGAGCGGGGUCGGUGGUUGAGGGCGAGUGAAGCGGCGCUCAAGCAAAUGCUGGACAUUCAAGGGUGA